CUAUUCCCUCUGUGAUACUCUCCACCGUCUCACCCAUGGAUGGUACUGAAAUAUAAUGCAAAUGUGAGCCGUUGAAGAACCUCUAUGUGAAGGCAACAACAUCAGAUUGGUGCAGUAGUUCAGUGACGUUUAUCUCCUUUUCCCCCCACCCUUCCUUAAACAGUGCUGCUAUUUUACAGCAAAAGAAAUCCUUUUGGACUUUUGUAGCUGACUUGGAGCUACAGACACUCACUACUGCAAGACGAAGAAAAGGGGAGAGAGAGAGCUGUACAGAUUAUUUUUCAGAAACACGAGCAGUAUCUUGCAGAAAAGAUGACAUUUAUUGGCUUACUAUUCUUCUGUAUGCUGAUGAACAUCCGAACAGAUGCCCGAUCAAUCCAGGAUGGAGAUGAUCUCUACCAGGGAUCUGCAGCCUUGCCAUACUGGCCCUUCUCAUCCAAUGAUUUCUGGUCCUACGUGGAAUAUUUCCGGACCCUGGGAGCCUACAACCAGAUCGAAGAAAUGGCCAAGGCCUUCUUUGCCCAGUUCCCUUUUGGGAGUCACCUUGGCUAUCACGUGCCCAACCAUGAGCACUAAUAGCUUUGCUGGUGCCGAGAGGUUUAAUCAAACACACGGCUGCCACCGAACGCACCCAAACUGGCCCCUCACACACUUAUAGCAGUCAUGCGGGCCGCCUCAUGCUUUACGGUAGCCUUUGUGUGGAAAAAUUAGUCGCUUUGGCAGGAAAUCAAUAAACUCCUUGAUUCUGUUGCGA